CUUCAAUCCCCGGAGCACCCCUCCAUCCGAUCAUUGAAUAUGGAAGAAUCCUAGAAUAACAAUUCUCCGAAGGAGUUGUAUGGGGUCGCCAAAUGCUUUCAACUUUCUACAUAUGUAUCACCAUCCCUCUCAAUGAGACCACGAAACAACAUCAGUCGUCAUGGUCCUAGAAGCCGGAUAUCCAAACACCACGGGCUUCCGCAAAGUCGUCAAAGCCACAAUCUUAGUCAAGAAGAAGCCAGGCCUCAGUGAUGCAGAUUUCAUCUCACACUACAACACCAAACACGCAGAGAUGGCAAAGGGAGUUUUGAUGAAGCAUGGGUGUAUCACAUAUAGUCUUACAUAUCACCUCCAACGAGACAGAAACAUGAUGCAAGAUAUGUUGAAAGGGAAGGCAAAUCUCCUACCUUAUGAUGCGAUUUGCACUUUUGUGUUUGCUGAUUACAUGGCUUUUGCACGGUUCAUGUAUGAUCCUGCGAGCAAGGCGUUGACGGGCGACCAUGAUAACUUCAUGGUCGAGGAGGAAAUGAAGAUGAUGGUUGGAGACGAGUUUAUGGUGAUUGAAGAUGGGAAGAUGGUGUCAUGAGGAUGAUUCAG